AUGAAGGUGAAGCUGCUUUUUCCGUACGCUGUGUCCUGCGUGUUCGGCGGCAUGGGCCGCGCCUGGGGCAUGGCUAUGGUCGGGCUCCACGUUGUGCUCUGCAUCAUCAAGGUCCUCUCCUUCACUACAGAUCCCGAGGUGGCCCGCUUCUGGGUACCGAUCUUCCGCGUCUGGGUGUACCUGGGCAUCGCCGCGAUCGUGCUCAUGACGUGCGUGAACAUCGUCUACUACAUGCCCGUGUAUGGGGUGUACACCAUGAACUACGAUCUGCCGCCGCAGCAGCCGGCGGCAGCGAUUUCUUUGCUUGUGCUAGAUCAUCUCUUUUCAAUUUGUUUAGGCACCACUAGAAAUUUGGAAGAUGCUUCAGGUGCUUCUGGUUUUGUUAUUAAAUGUAUGCUAAAACAAUCGUUUUUUACACAAUGCUAUUCUUUGCCUAUGCAAGACCUCGGUUUCCAUGGCACCACUGGAAACUGGAAGAUGGUUCAGAUUAUCCUCUCCUUGAUGCUAGAAUCUAAUGAAGACAUUCCUAGCAUUCACUCAUCUCCAAAUGAAGCUGCACUUGAUAUAGCUGGUCCAAUUACAAGGAGUAGAGCUAAACAAUUGGAGAAGGAAAUUCAUUCUCAGGUGAACGCUAACCUUAUGCUUAAUAAUCAGAUUACAUUGAAUGAACCUAUGCUUUUGAGUACUUGUUUCAAUGUUCUUAGGAAUGAUGGAGUGCACGAACAAGCAUGGGAUGAUGAUGGACUCUGCCCGCCAAAUAUAUGCAUGGAACCUGGACGUGUAUGA